AUGGAGCUCGAGGCCAUGCGUGCAUAUACCAGCCCAGUGAACCAGGCUGUCUUCCCACACCUGACCGUCAUACUUCUGGCCGUCGGCAUGCUCUUUACUGCCUGGUUCUUCACGUAUGAGGUCACCUCCGCCAAGCACACACGCGACAUUUACAAAGGGCUCCGUAUCUCCUUGGUGGCCUCACUCUUCAUGGGCUUUGGAGUCCUCUUCCUCCUGCUCUGGGUUGUUGUCUACUUAUGA